CGUCCUCAUGUCUGGAUCGGAGGUCUGCGGCGCUAAUCCUCCCAAAUCCCGGUCAGCAGAGGCGGAGCGAGCAGCGCUUUGCAGCUUCCUCCCAGAUCGGUUUCACUGUGGCGGGUCGCGGGGAGUGCACGGACUUUCCCGUUGAGAAGAAGCAAAACAAAAGCACGAUGCGCGUCCCGGGGGUCUCCGUCGAGUAGCUCUACGCCGGUGGAGACGGUGCGCUCAGGCGGGGGAGCAAAUGCGCCUCUUGCCAUGACUGCUGCCGGGGAGCAGAGCUUUCAGGUGGCGUUGAUCUUGCUGUGCGUCGCCCAGCUGACCUCAGGUCUGAAGUGUGUGUGCCCGCUGUGUGCCAACUACACCUGUGAGACGGCCGCAGACGGAGCCUGCUGGAACUCUGUGAUGCUGAUUGACGGGAAGGAGGAGACGGUCAAAUCCUGCAUCUCUCCCUCCCAGAUGAAGGGUCAACUUUUCUGCUACAGCUCCAAAAACGUCUCCAAGAGGAACUGUUGCUUCACCGACUUCUGCAACAAUGAGACCCUGCACCUGCACCGAGAGAGGCCUUCAGAGGAGCCGGGCUGGAGCAGACUGCAGCUCACGGUGGUGAUCCUGGUGCCCUCCUGCUUGCUGUGUGUGGGGAUCCUGCUGGGGGUGUGUGUCGUCCAGGGACACCAUUGUGCCUACGGCCGAGCCCAUAAGCAAGACUCCGAGGAGCCCCUGGAUGAUCAGAUGCUUAUGUCUCCUGAUAAAUGCCUCAAAGAUCUGAUUUAUGACAUGAGCACAUCUGGCUCAGGGUCAGGUCUACCACUGCUGGUUCAGAGGACUAUAGCUCGGACCAUCGUCCUGCAGGAGACCAUUGGGAAAGGUCGCUUUGGUGAGGUCUGGCGUGGCAAGUGGCGGGGGGAGGAUGUAGCUGUGAAGAUCUUCUCCUCACGGGACGAGAGGUCCUGGUUCCGGGAAGCAGAAAUUUAUCAAACUAUCAUGCUCAGGCAUGAAAAUAUUCUUGGCUUCAUUGCUGCUGAUAACAAAGAUAAUGGCUCGUGGACCCAGCUCUGGUUGGUGUCAGAGUAUCAUGAGCAUGGCUCCCUGUAUGACUACCUGAACAGGUACACAGUCUCAGUGGAGGGCCUGGUUGUUUUGGCUUUGUCUGUAGCCAGUGGACUGGCACACCUUCACAUGGAAAUCAUCGGCACACAAGGAAAACCCGCUAUCGCUCACAGAGAUCUAAAGUCUAAAAAUGUCCUUGUGAAGAGGAAUGGAACGGCAGUCAUCGCAGAUUUGGGCUUAGCUGUUAAACAUGAUUCCAGCACAAACACCAUAGACAUACCGUCCAACCACAGAGUGGGAACUAAGAGGUACAUGGCUCCAGAGAUCCUGGACGAGUCAAUCAACAUGAACAACUUUGAGUCAUUUAAGAGAGCAGACAUCUAUUCGCUCGGCCUGGUGUUCUGGGAAUUAGCCAGAAGAUGCUCUGUAAGAGGACUUCAUGAAGAUUUUCAACUGCCUUACUAUGACAUGGUGCCUUCAGAUCCAUCCAUUGAGGACAUGAAAAAAGUUGUAUGUGAUCAGAAACUCAGACCAAACAUUCCCAAUCAGUGGCAGAGUUGUGAGGCUCUGCGUGUGAUGGGAAAGCUGAUGAGAGAGUGCUGGUAUGCCAAUGCUGCUGCGCGACUGACUGCGCUGCGAGUCAAGAAAACUGUGUCUCAACUGUCUGGAAUCAAAGACAUCAAGGACGAGUUUGGCUUGCUGCCCUGCAGAUCAUGACUGGUGCUGGCACUGGUGUCAUGAGAUAAACCUGAAAAAAUCAGAAUUCACUUUUCAGGAGGAAAACACGUUUUGUUUUUGUUGCCAAAGGUUUGUAUAAAGUGGGGAAUCGGUGGAAGGUUUCUGCAAAGACAUCCAGGCAACUGACUUUCCUUUUUAUAGAAAGAGCCAUGCGACAUAAGUCAUGUUAAAUGUGAUUUGUUUGCUACCUCAACAUUUGAAGUGCCCAAAGCUUGAAGUUGCACAUUGUUGUGUUUUUGUGCCGUUGUUUUUUUCUGUUUAUUAUUUUGCUUUCAGAGUGCUGCUGGGUUAUUAGAUUGCUUAGUGACAAUCUCCGGAAAUAUCUUCUCAUCUUAAGUGUUUACUGACACGUACAGAUUUUCCCUGAAAAUAUGAAGUGUUUUUGCACAGGUAGAACAUCUCUUGUAUAGAUUUUUCUGAAGGUUCUGUGAAAGGGAGCAUAGUCAUACUGUAUAUUUACAACUGGAAGAGAUAACGUGAGUGUAUCUAAGCCUUUUCAGAAUGUAAACAGUCAGCUAUAUAAGAGUAUUUAUUAUAGCCUGCUCAGGAUGGAAAUUUAUUUUUCAUUGGGAAAAUAUAUUUUUUUGUGGGCAAAUAAAGCGUUAGAGUUCUGUCUCUGUAUACUGGAAUAUGUUUUUAACCCAAACAAGGAGUUAGAGUGACUAACAUGAAGGCUACCAAAGAGCAGGUUGAAAAGAAUGAACCUGGAUUGGUAAACUAGUAGAAAAUAAAGACAACAACCUCACAAGGUUCACUUAAUUCAGUCUAUAUAUAUAUAAACACAUUAUAAAUAAAACAUGGCCUGUCUGUAAUAACUUUAUGAAUGAUUCUUCGGUCAAUAUGUUACAGUUUCCGCUAACUACUUAGCAUGUAAAAGGCUAAUGUUGUGCUAUGUGAACAAAAGUUAUUCUCUUGUCUGAGCUGUAUUCAUUAACGCAACCCACAGAUAUUAACCAUUAUACAGCAUAAUUGUCCCAUUUUACUGUGGAAGAGGUUCAGUGAAGUCUGAUCAAGUCAUUGUAGCCUACAAUUCAAAGUGUGUUAAAUAAGUGCUCUAGAAUUUCUAAAAGUAGGCCUUAAUCUUUCAAAAAUAUAUAUGUAAUGUGUAUUUUAGCAAUUCACUUUUAUGAAUUGUUGAAUUCAUAAAACUGAAUUUACCAAUUCAGCUUUAUGUAAAAGGGGGAACAUUAUAUUAAUUUAUAUAUUUUUAUACAAAUCUAGCACAAGGUAUGGCCAAUCAAAAUUAUGCAUAACCAGGGGUUAGUUAGACUUCAUAGAAAUAAUUGAUGUUGCCUACAAAGCCUAACCAGCAGACAGGGAGAAGUUACAAGGAUUUGUUCACCAUUGUGCUUGUGUUAAUCAAUGUGAGUGUGUGUGAGCGAAAGAGUGCCUGUUUUAGUCUCUGGUUGUUGAUAUUUUUAUAUUGUAUGAAGAUAUCUAUCAUUGAAUCAUAAAAUCAUAAAACUGCACUUAUGGGGAAAAAGA